GACUAUAUAAACAUACAAUUGCGUCCCCUUUUUCUUUCUUUCUCUUUAUUUUUCUUCUAUUUUGAUAAAAUGACUUUUGAUCAAUAUUCCUCUGUUCAUGGUAAAGUGGCUGUAUUAACUGGUGCUGCUUCUGGUAUUGGUAAAGCUGUGGCUGAUACACUUGUGAAGCUUGGUGCCAAGGUUGUUAUAGGUGAUUUAAAUCAAGAACUAGGACAAUCAGUCAUAGAUACCUAUAAUAAAGAAGCAGGUGCCCAAGUCGCUGCAUUCAUGCGUGUAGACGUGACAAAGUACAGUGACAAUAAGGCGUUAUUUCAAUUAGCUGAACAAGCGUUUGGUGGUGUCGAUAUUGCAUUUUUAAAUGCUGGUAUUGGUGAAGGUGCUAAUUCUAUGUUUGGUCCUUUAGAUGAUGAAAAAGAUGAAAGAAUCUUUGAUGUCAAUACGAUAUCUAUCAUUAAAGGGACAAAAGUGGCUCUUUUGCAUAUGGCCAAAAGAGGAGGUGGAGUCAUUGUCAAUACAGCUUCUGUUGCUGGUUUCUACUCUUCCCCAUUUAUUUCAAGUUAUGCUGCAUCUAAAUUUGCUGUGGUUGGCUAUACACGCUCAUUUGCUUUGAUGCCACAGAUUUGCAAUGUGCGUGUAAAUGCUAUUUGCCCUUAUUGGGUUGAAACACCAUUGUUGAUUAAUAUCACUGAUGAAGAAAAGCACAAAGACGAGCCUUCAUUUGUUAAUAUCAUCAAGCAUUCACCCAAGACACCUAUUCACACAGUAGUUGAAGCCUUCUUGACUUUAAUCAUAGAUGAGACAAGAAAUACUCAAACUUUACUUGCCCUUCCUACUGGUGUGCAGGUCAUGGACCCUCCUGCUGCUCUCGAUGGUACACAUAAUGAAGCCUCUUUGAAUGCAAUUAUGCAAUUUAAAAGUGUUGCUCUUGAUCAAGCAAAGGCAAACUUAGCUGCUGCUAUGAAAGCUUAUGGUUUUUGAUCAUAUUUUAUUCUAUAAAAAGCUCUUUUUGUGCCUCUAGUCUCUUUUUUUGAUUUUGAAGCAUGGUACCUCGAUGCCAAAUAAGAGCCCAUUUCUCUCUUGUGUUUGAUUGAAAUCGAUAGGCCCAUAAACCAACCUCAAGGCUUUGAUAUUCCCACCAAGCACGUAUCAAAUGUCGAAUCCAGACCAAACAAUCCCACCAACCUGAUGUAUGAAUACGCUCUAACAGAUUGGCUUUGGCAUCCAUCCAGACUGCUUCUGCACAAAACUUGCCCGUCAAUGCAUAAGUCAUGUAUUUAUCCUCCGACUUUCUUAGGCUUUCAUCUAAUCCUCGUAGUAAAUCACUUGUUUUGAGCAGCAAUAAGACAACCCGAGGCAAGGUCUCUAAAAUAUCAUAGAUACGGAUCACGAAAUGCUUGGCUCUACCCGUGACUCGACUGACUUCAGUCUCUGUUCGAUCCGAGGAUAAA